AUGGCUCGUACUAAGAACAACAGUGGCGAAAAUAACGUAGAUCCAGCAACUGUGCAAGCCAACGUUAAAAGUUCUAUUCAUGAUGAGUUAAUGAAGGAGCUUUUAGCAGAUUCAUUUGAAGACGAUUCAACUAAAAUUAAUACUGAAGGAUUGGCGCUGGUACUAGAAACAGCAAAGUGUCUCGUAUCAGAGACUUGCCUUCGGGCGGCUAGUACCGCAGUGCAUGAGAACUGCGAAAAAGUUGGAAUGACCAAUGUUGAAAAGAUCCUGACCCAAGUGCUGUGUGACUUU